CUGCCAUCCGGGCCCAGGAGCUGAGCCCCGGGGGCGCCCGUGACCCAGGCCCCGGGAGCUGAGCCCCAGGGCGGCGGCCUGGCCCGGCCUGCGCCAGCCUGAGUCAGAGGCGUGCCCUCCCGCCGGCGCAGCCGGAAAUGGUCCAGAUUGCUCAAUGUGGCCAGGUCUAAAGGCUGCUGCCCCGGUGAUGCUGGAAGCUGCCUGCGCCCAGUGCCAGCGCCAGCCCCGGGAGAAGCGCAGGGGACCCGGCCAUGCUGGCCCUGCGCCUGCCCCUCGUCCUGCUGCUGCUGGCGCCGGCACUGCCCGAGCCCCCGCCUGCCAAGACUGUCUCCCAGAAGGAGGCCGAGUUUGACAAGGUCUACUCGGACUGGGUGAACAGCGAGCUGGUGAACAUCUACACCUUCAACCACACCGUGCUGAGGAACAGGACCGAGGGCAUCCGGGUAUCGGUGAACGUGCUGUCCAAGCUGAAGGACACACCCGUGCUCUUCGUGGUGAGGCAGAAGGAGGCAGUGGUGUCGUUCCAGGUGCCGCUGAUCCUGCGGGGCCUCUACCAGAGGAAGUACAUGUACCAGGACGUGAGCCGCACGCUGUGCCAGCCCCAGGCCAAGACCGAGUUGGAGACGCAGUUCUUCUACGUGGACGUGUCCACGCUGUCCGUGAGGAACGCGUCCUACCAGCUACGGGCCACCCGCGUGGAGAACUUCGUGCUCAGGACGGACGAACGGUUCAGCUUCAACGCCACGGCCGCCCAGCCACAGUACUUCAAGUAUGUGUUCCCAAAGGGGGUGGACUCAGUGAUUGUGAAGGUAACCUCAGCCAUGGCCUUCCCCUGCUCCGUCAUCUCCAUCCAGGACAUCCUGUGCCCCGUCUACGACCUGGACAACAACGUGGCCUUCAUCGGGAUGUACCAGACCAUGACCAAGAAGGCGGCCAUCACUGUGCAGAGGAAGGAUUUCCCCAGCAACAGUUUCUACGUGGUGGUGGUGGUGAAGACGGAGGACGAGGCCUGUGGCGGGGCUCUGCCUUACUACCCCUUCUCCAAAGACGAACCCGUAGAUCAAGGCAACCGGCAGAAGGCGCUGGAGGUGGUGGUGUCACCUGCUAUUACCUCGGAGGCCUACAUUAGUGGCAUGCUCUUCUGCCUGGGCAUCUUCCUCUCCUUCUACGUGCUGACGCUGCUCAUCGCCUGCUGGAAGAGCUGCAGACAGCAGCAGAAGAAAGGGCUCCUGGCUGCCCUGGGCUCGCCCAGCACCGACACCGCAUCUUUACUGGGCCAUGCCCGUGCCACCCCCGACUCUCUCCUUGGGCGUCCCUAUGAUGGCUACGGCUACGGCUACGGCUCCUUCGAGAACGGCUCCACCCUGAGCACCGAGGGCGUCACGGACAGCAUGGGCUCCACGGAGGUCUCCUACGCGUACGCAGGGCAGGACCCGUUCAAGCGACGCGUCUCCUCCAGCCAGACGAGGCACUUGGCCAUUGCGAUGGAGCGGUUGCUGGACAAUGUGGCCAGCCGGCCCCGCCUGGACUCGCUCAGCUCCGUGGAGGAGGACGACUACGACACGCUGGCCGACAUUGACUCCGACAAGAACGUCAUCCGCACCAAGAAAUACCUGUCCGUGGCAGACCUGGCCCGAAAGGACAAGCGCGUUCUGCGGAAGAAGUACCAGAUCUACUUCUGGAACAUCGCCACCAUCGCCGUGUUCUACGCCCUCCCGGUCAUUCAGCUGGUCAUCACCUACCAGACGGUGGUGAACGUUACGGGCAAUCAGGACAUUUGCUACUACAACUUCCUCUGUGCCCACCCACUGGGCAACCUCAGCGCCUUCAACAACAUCCUGAGCAACCUGGGCUACAUCCUGCUGGGCCUGCUCUUCCUGCUCAUUAUCCUGCAGCGGGAGAUCCACUACAACCGGGCGCUGAUGCGCAGCGACACUAAUGCCCUGGAGUGUGGCAUCCCGAAGCACUUUGGGCUCUUCUAUGCCAUGGGCACGGCGCUGAUGAUGGAGGGGCUGCUCAGCGCCUGCUACCACGUCUGCCCCAACUACACUAACUUCCAGUUCGACACCUCCUUCAUGUACAUGAUUGCGGGGCUCUGCAUGCUGAAGCUGUACCAGAAGCGCCACCCUGACAUCAAUGCCAGCGCCUACAGUGCCUACGCCUGCCUGGCCAUCGUCAUCUUCUUCUCCGUCGUUGGGGGGGUCUUUGGCAGAGGGAACAUGGUGUUCUGGAUCGUCUUCUCUGUCAUCCACAUCUUUGCCACCCUGCUGCUGAGCACGCAGCUCUACUACAUGGGCCGCUGGAAGCUGGACUCGGGGAUCCCACGCAGGAUCGUGCACGUGUUGUACACGGAUUGCAUCCGGCAGUGCAGUGGGCCCAUGUACGUGGAUCGGAUGGUGCUGCUGGUCAUGGGCAAUAUCAUCAACUGGUCCCUCGCUGCCUACGGCCUCAUCAUCCACCCCAACGACUUUGCCUCCUACCUGCUGGCCAUCGGCAUCUGCAACCUGCUGCUCUACUUCGCCUUCUACAUCAUCAUGAAGCUCCGGAGCGGGGAACGCAUCAAGCUCAUCCCGCUGCUCUGCAUCGUCUGCACCUCCGUGGUCUGGGGCUUUGCCCUCUUCUUCUUCUUCCAGGGUCUCAGCACCUGGCAGCAGACCCCAGCUGAGUCGCGGGAGCACAACAGGGACUGCAUCCUGCUGGACUUCUUCGACGACCACGACAUCUGGCACUUCCUCUCCUCCAUCGCCAUGUUCGGCUCCUUCCUGGUGUUGCUGACCCUGGAUGAUGACCUCGACUGCGUCCAGCGUGACAAAAUCUACGUCUUCUAGGCUCCUGGCCGCAGGCCCUGGCACAUCCAGCACCUCCCGGGCAGGGCUCCCACCACAGCUGCAGUUGGCGGGGAGGCUGCAGCGGCGCCCUUGGCUCAGGGACUCUCUUCGGGGCGGCUCCGUGCUGCCCAUCCCUGCUGUGUUGGAGAGCGCUCCCCUCGAUCCUGCCCACAGCCUGGGCCAGCCCCGGGUGCAGCGGCGGGUGCAGGUGGGGCUGGGGCCAGAGGGGCUCUGCAGAGGCACCUGCCCCUUGCCCCUGGGGGUGGGUCGCACUGGAGCCGUGGGGCCCGUGGCAUCACCCAGGAGGUGACCGGUUCUUGGCGCAGCAGCUGGCAGGCUCCAGCCGCACAGCCGGGCUCCGCAGCAGAAGCGGGAGCAGCAUCUGCCAGUCUGCAGCGAUGCCCUGGACUUGUCUGCACAGGAGGGAAACCCGCUGUGUCCUCUGCGGCUCCCCCUCCCCAAACUCGGGGUGCAGCCCCACCUCUGCACAUGCGGGUCCUGCCUGCCGGCCCCCGUGCCCAGGCAGAGCUGAGCGGAUGGCCUCAGGUCAGGCCGACAAGCCACAGAGACAGCACAAGGCCAGGCAUGGCCCCCUCCCUCGUCUCCAUUCACGGCACUCCACGGGCAGCGUCUGGCCCGACCCUGGUCUUCGCUCCCUGCCUCGUGGCUCUGGGGCUGGGCUGUCCGUGCUCCCGGACACGCGACUUGCCAAGGUGCUGCUGUCGUCCCCGCGGCAGCGUGGCCUCUCCCGAUGGACACGUGCCACUCCGGGGCAGCCAGCCCAUGUGCCAACAACAUUCCUUUACCCCCUGCCCCCAGGUGCUGCCACAGCCCCUGUCCGGUUGAAGAAACACAUGGUGCAUGACUUUCAGUGCCUAUCUCUGGGGUGGGUGUCCCGUCCUGUCUCCCCUGCCGCCCAGGACUGCAUGGCGCCUUUGGCUCCUACUAAUACGCGUGGGGUGAGGUGGGCGUCCGUACCUCUGCCCCUGCUGCCCCCCACCCACCCCAGGCGGGGGGCGUUUACAUGGCAGGAUCCGACCCGGUGCCUCGCUGCAGAGGGGGUUUUGUUGCAAGCUUCAAAUUCAAAUCCGAUCCAGGGCUCCUCAUGCCCGGCUCGGCGGUGCUGCCCGGGGGGGAGUCACGGCGAAGCCCCCUCCUCCAUGCUGCCAGGGAGGUGCAGAUGGGCACCUGGGGCCUCCCGACCCCAGACUGCACAGGCCAAGGCGUGCAGGGGCUCAGGACUUGUGCUCCCCGUGCCACCAUCCCCGGACAACGCUGCCGUGGGUUUUCUGUGGACAGUUUGCUAGUGGAGGACAAGCAUUAAACGCUGUGUUGAUCUGCACUUUA